CGCGGAGAAGCUUCAAAUCAAAAUCAUGAGCUACAGAGAGGACACGAAAGGAUCGGUGUUUUAUUGUCGCAAUUCUAAAUUUGAGAUGAUUUGAUUUAUUUGGAACUCAAGCGGCGGGAAAAGUAAAAAAAAGGGAUCGGUAAUGUUCAAGUCGAAUUCAAGAAUUCUCAAGUUUCCUCGCAAGUUAAAUUUCCGGUACAGGAAUGUGCAAUCAGCUUGUUUUGUCCGGAAAGUUCCCAACUUUGUUCAGGAGAAGUUUAAUUUGAAUCGGGUUUUGAACGCUUUGUCAAAAUCGGGUAGGAUUUAUGAAGCCCGCCAAUUGUUUGACGAGAUGCCUGAGCGAGAUGAGUUCUCCUGGAACACCAUGGUGGCUGCUUAUGCAAAUUCUGGGAGAUUAGCUGAAGCAAGAAAGCUUUUUGGUCAAGUCCCGGUUAAGAGUUCUAUCACUUGGAAUUCACUCAUAUCUGGGUGUUGUCAAUGUGGGUUGAAAAUUGAAGCUUUUGAGUUGUUCUGGGAAAUGCAGUUUCAGGGACGAAAACCAAAUCAGUACACGAUGGGGAGUCUUUUAAGGUUGUGUUCCUUGUUGACUAUGCUUCGAAGAGGACAGCAGAUUCAUGGAUAUGCGGUAAAGACCCAGUUUGACUUAAAUGUAUAUGUUGUCACUGGUCUUGUUGAUAUGUAUGCAAAGUGCAUGUGCAUUUUGGAGGCUGAGUAUCUGUUCAACAUGAUGCCUGAGAGAAAAAAUCAUGUGAUGUGGUCUGCAAUGGUUGCAGGAUAUUCUCAGAAUGGGAAUGGGUAUAAAGCAAUUGAAUGUUUUCAAGACAUGAGGACUGAGGGAGUUGAGUGUAAUCAGUUUACUUUUCCCAGCGUGUUAACAGCUUGUGCUGCAGUUGCAGCUGAUAGUUUUGGGGUCCAGGUGCAUGGCUGCAUAGUCAGGAGUGGUUUUGAAGCUAAUGUCUAUGUUAAGAGCGCAUUGGUUGACAUGUAUGCAAAAUGCAGUGAUUUGAAUAGUGCCUGGAUGGUCUUGGAGAAUAUGGAGGUUGACGAUGUGGUUUCUUGGAACUCCAUGAUAGUUGGGUGUGUGCGGCAGGGCUGUGAAGAGGAAGCUCUGGCUGUGUUUCAGAAAAUGCACCAAAGAGAUAUGAAGUUGGAUGAAUUCACUUAUCCGUCAGUUUUAAACUGUUUUGCAUCCAUGAAGGAUAUGAGAAAUGCAAGGUCAAUCCACUGUUUGAUUAUUAAAACCGGAUUUGAGGAUUAUAAGCUAGUGAACAAUGCUCUUGUUGACAUGUAUGCAAAACAAGGGAGCUCAGAUUGUGCCACACAGGUGUUUAAUCACAUGCCAGAAAAGGAUGUGGUCACAUGGACCUCUCUGGUCACUGGAUAUGCAUGCAAUGGCAGUUAUGAAGAAGCUCUUAAGUUAUUUUGUGGCAUGCGAACUGCAGGCAUUUAUCCUGAUCAUGUCAUUGUUGCCAGUAUUUUGAGUGCAUGCGCUGAACUGACAGUGUGGGAAUUUGGACAGCAAGUCCAUGCAAACUUCAUUAAGUCUGGCCUCCAAUCAUCCCUAUCAGUUGAUAAUUCCCUUCUAUCAAUGUAUGCCAAGUGUGGGUGUAUAGAACAUGCAAGACAAGUAUUUGACUCUAUGCAAGUCAGAAAUGUGAUCACUUGGACUGCUUUAAUAGUUGGUUACGCUCAGAAUGGUAAGGGAAGAGACUCUAUACAGAUCUAUGAUGAGAUGAUUGCUGGUGGGACAAAACCAGACUAUGUUACUUUCAUAGGCUUACUAUUUGCCUGCAGUCAUGCUGGUCUUUCAGAAAGUGGCUGCUCCUACUUUGAAUCAAUGGAUAAGGUUUAUGGAAUAAAACCAGGUCCUGAGCACUAUGCGUGUAUGAUUGACCUCUUGGGGCGCUCAGGGAGACUUGCUGAAGCUGAGAAAUUGUUAAAUCAAAUGGUUUUGCAACCAGAUGCAGCUAUUUGGAAGUCUUUUCUUGCUGCAUGUAGAGUUCAUGGUAACUUGGAACUGGCCGUGAGAGCAGCAAAGAACCUUUUUGAAUUGGAGCCCAUGAAUGCUGUGCCUUAUAUCCUGUUAUCCAAUAUGUAUUCUGCAGCUAAUAAAUGGGAAGAUGUGGCAAAGAUUCGAAGAUUAAUGAAAUCAAGAGGGAUAAGUAAGGAGCCUGGAUGUAGCUGGAUGGAGACAAACAGCACAGUGCACACAUUUAUGUCUGAAGAUAGAAGCCAUCUAAAAGCAGCAGAGAUAUAUGCCAAGAUUGAUGAGAUCAUUCCAUUGAUCAAGGAAGCUGGUUAUGUACCUGAUAUCAGUUUUGCUCUCCAUGACACAGAUGAAAAGGGGAAGGAGCUUAGUCUGGCUUAUCACAGUGAGAAAUUGGCCUUGGCUUUUGCACUCCUUACUGUGCCACCUGGAGCACCAAUCCGGAUUUUUAAGAAUCUCCGGAAGGAAAAUGUUCAUGCGGAGACUAUUGGUAGAAAUGUCUUUAACUACUAUAUUUCCUAUCUAGUUUUCCUCCGAAGGAUGAAACAAAGAUGGUUACCUAUAAAGCUUUUGCACUUCCUUUUCUUCUUCCUGCAGCAGCACCUCAAGCACUGGGAGGCAGAACGAAGAAAAGGCGUCCACAUUUAUGGUCUAGUAGGAAGGGAGUAUUUUGCUUAUUGCGGUGUAGAAGGUCAAUGUGUUCAGAAUUCAAAUUGUAAAGGACGAACUUCCCUCGCUGCACCUUCUGCAAUUCGGUAGGCAUGCGGAUGUGUUUUUCCAUUGCUUUAAACAAUUUGUUCGCGGUCGUGGACGGCGGAACAAAACUUUAGGUACGGCUUGAUGUAUGCCCCAAAUGGUGCAAGGCAUAUGGUGUAACCCUCAUCUUAUAAAACCAAUGAAUGAGACGAUGCCAAGGAGCUAAUUUUGAUGUACUAAAAAAUUAAAACUCAAAUUAUUAUGAUUAGGGAUGCAUGAAGGCUUCCAUAGUGUCCCCUUAAGAAUGGUGGAUGGAAAGCCAAAAACUGAGUUAUCUAGUCUCACAUUUUUGUGAAAUUUUUCCUUUAAUAAAAUGUUUUUGAGAGG